AUGGCAUCAAUGAAGUUUGAUCUACCGCUGCUGGAUUACAAGACAAGAUUUGCACUGUGGCAAGUCAAGAUGCGGACAAUUCUUGCACAAUCUUCGGAUCUUGAUGAGGCGCUAGGACGAUUUCGGAGGAAAAGGGCAGAAGAGAAAACUGCCGCAGAACUUUGGCUCAAGCUGGAAUUGAUCUGCAUGUCCAAGGAUCUAACCAGUAAGAUGCACGUGAAGAUGAAGUUGUUCACGCACAAGCUGCAAGAAGGUGGUUCGGUGAUGAACCACUUAUCGAUCUUUAAGGAGAUCAUUGCCGACCUAGUGUCGAUGGAGGUAAAAUAUGAUGAUGAAGAUUUAGCUCUUCUACUAUUAUGUUCACUACCUACUUCAUUUGCAAAUUUCCGAGAUACCAUACUAUUAAGCCGUAAUGAACUAACCCUUGUGGAAGUAUAUGAGGCCCUCCAGACGAGGGAAAAGAUGAAAGGGCGAAGUGUUGCAGGAAAGAGCAAGAACAACAAUAAUCGAGACAAGAGCAAGAACGGUAAAAGUCAUUUGAAGUCUAGAGUCAAGGAUAAGUUCUGCAGAGAUUGGUUUAGUUCUUACAAGUCUGUGCAUAGUGGAGAUGUCGUGCGUAUGGGAGAUAACAACCCACGUGAGAUCAUGGGCAUUGGCUCCGUUCAGAUCAAGAUGCACGAUGGCAUGAUACGCACACUAAAAGAUGUGAGACACAUACCAGGGAUGGCCAGAAAUCUCAUCUCCCUCAGCACACUUGAUGCCGAGGGGUACAGACACUCCAGUUCAGGUGGAGUGUGUAAGGUAUCAAAAGACUCUCUCAUUCAUAUGAUAGGUGAUAUGAAUUCUGCAAAGUUAUAUGUUCUUAGAGAAAGUACUUUACAUGGUUCCGUCACUGCUGCUACUGUUUCUAAUGAUGAACCAAGUAAAACUAAUCUCUGGCAUAUGCGUCUUGGGCAUAUGAGUGAACUUGGUAUGGUAGAAUUGAUCAAGAGAGACCUGCUGGAUGGCUGCAUUAUGGGUAAGAUGAAGUUCUGUGAGCACUAUAUUUUUUGUAAGCACAAGAGGGUAAAAUUCAAUGCAUCCGUUCAUACCACCAAAGAGUGGAAAGUUAUGAUAGAAAGGCAAACUGAAAAGAAGCACUCACCUCCUGUUUUGCAGCCUCAAAAUCAGUCUAUUGUAGAUCGUAGAACAAAGAGGAGUUGUGGACCUCGUCAAUGUUUAAUUGAGGAAUGUGAUAUUGUUCAUUAUGCCUUUAGUUGUGCUGAACAGGUUGAGAACAUUCAUGAGCCCGCUACGUACACUGAAGCUGUUGUUUCUGGUGACCGCGAGAAGUGGAUUUCCGCUAUGUAA